GGAGAUAAUUUUCUUGCCAUCUGACAGUUAAAAUAUACAAGCUAUAAUCCCUUGGAGAGUUUAUUGCUUAUUUUGUCCAGUUACGGUCGAAAAAUUACUUUAUCACACAAUUUUACUUGUACCUUCAGCAAAAUACAUGGGAUGGACUUUUUUUAGAGAGACACAGUUUGAAUGUUUGUGUGUUAAAAACCAAACACAAUCUUGUAGUACAGUUUGAAAAGACAUCAUCUAGGUAACAGAUCAUGGAUUCCCAUGAGACUAUGGAUUUAAACCUUGGAGAGCUAGAUAUAACAUCUGAAGAUUACUGGCUUGAUGAGGUUGAUGUACACAUACAACAGAAUCUAGAAGAUGAAAUUGUCAAAGAAGCCUUGAACACUGGAGUGGAUUUAAGACAGUAUUCAAAAAAUGUUGAGAAGGAACUACUAGGAGUGGAAAAUCAAUCAAUACAAGACUACCUUGCGAAGGGUGAGGACAUAGCAAAUUUACAUAAACAGAUAUCGGCCUGUGAUACCAUUCUAGAGAGAAUGGAACAAAUGUUAAAUGGAUUCCAGGGUGAUUUGAGUAGUAUUAGUACAGAAAUACAGACUUUACAAGAACAAUCAGUUACCAUGAAUGUAAAACUUAAAAAUAGACAGGCAGUCAGAGGGGAACUGAGCCAGUUUGUUGAUGAAAUGGUUAUUCCAGAAACUAUGAUCAAUCACAUAUUAGAUACACCAGUUACAGAAAGAGAAUUCCUUGAACAGCUCCAUGAACUUCAUCAUAAGAUCAACUUUGUAAAGGAACAGUCAUUUAAAGAAGCCAGAUCAUGUUUUGAUGUCAAAGAUAUCCUAGAAAAAUUGAAAAUUAAGGCUAUUUCAAAGAUAAGAGAAUAUAUUCUACAAAAAAUAAAUUCUUUCAAAAAACCAAUGAGUAAUUACCAGGUGCCACAGAAUGCCAUGCUGAAGUUCAGGUUUUUUAAUGAGUUUCUAAUGUCCCAUGAAAGACAUGUAGCAAGGGAGAUUAGAGAUGAAUAUGUUGACACCAUGAGUAAAAUUUACCUGUCCUACUUCAAAGGAUACCUAAGUCGUCUGAUGAAAUUACAGUUCGAAGAAUCAGCAGAUAAAGAAGACUUGAUGGGAGCAGAAGACUCUGCCAAGAAAGGCUUCUUCAGUUCUAAGCCAACACUUAAGAACAGAUCGACUGUUUUCACAUUAGGAAGCAGAGGCAGUGUGCUGACAACAGAUCUAGAAGGACCAAUCAUUGUACCACAUGCUUCUCAAAAACAGGAAACAAAGCAUAAUUUUGAGAGUUUAUUCCGUAGUCUACACUAUGCUGUGAUGGAUAACUGCUGUAGAGAAUACUUAUUUCUAGUAGAUUUCUUCAUGGUGACGGGACCGUCUGCAACUGAUCUGUUUAAUGCUAUUAUGUCUAAAACAGUAUCAUUAUUUUUGUCAAAGAUGGAAGAAUACACUGCUGAUUGUUUUGAUUCUAUAGCUAUAUUUCUAUGUAUACAUGUAGUAUAUAGAUAUAAAUCAAUGAUGAACAAACGAGGGGUACCUGCAAUAGAUAGGUAUUGGGAUGCAUUAGUUCAUGUGAUGUGGCCUAGAUUUCAGCUGAUUUUAGAAAUGAAUACACAGAGUAUUAGGGCAGUUGAUCCAUCAAAGCUUGGACACAUAGAUGUUCGACCUCAUUAUAUAACAAGAAGAUAUGCAGAAUUCUCAGCAGCAAUUGUUGGAAUAAACCAGUCUUUCCCCGAUGAAAGGGUAUACCAUCUUCUCAGUCAGCUGCAGACAGAAGUAGAAAAUUUUAUUCUAAAAAUAGCAGCAGAAUUCCCCCACAGAAAAGAACAGCUGAUUUGUUUGAUAAACAAUUAUGAUAUGCUGUUAGGAGUCCUGAUGGAAAGGACUACUGAAGACUCAAAAGAGACUGAAAGUUUUAAAGAACUACUGACUGCAAGAACAGGAGAGUUUAUAGAAGAGAUAUUAUCACCUUACUUUGGUGGGAUGAUUAUGUUUGUUAAAGAUUGUGAAGUACAGAUGGAAAGAGGAGGAGCUGAAUCUGUCAAAUGUGAUGAAAAAAGGGUACAACAGAUAGUGAGGGGAUUUAACAAUGACUGGAAGAGGGCAUUAGAAAUGAUAAAUGGAGAAGUGAUGAGGGCAUUUACUAACUUCAAAAAUGGAACACAGAUAUUACAAGGUGCAUUAACACAGCUGAUACAAUACUACCACAGAUUCCAAAAAGUUCUAUCUCAAGGACCAUUCAGGAAUAUGCAGAUUAGAAAUGAACUCAUAAAUAUUCAUCAUGUGAUGGUCGAAGUUAAAAAAUACAAACCUACUUUCUGAUUAGAAUUU